AUGAGACACUCCACAUCACAAAAACACACCAUCCAUUUCAUUAUAGUUUUACUGGUGGCACUUGCUUCCCUUGUAGCCACUUUGAAUGCUCAGAUAACUGUUUCACAAGAUUUCACAGAUGCCAUCGAUUAUGCAGUCAAGCUAAUGUUGAAAGACAGUUCUUUCACAUCAAAAUAUGAGGAAUUGAUGGGGUUGGCUAAUCCUCUCUGUGGGUCUGGUCUCACUGCCUUCCCAACUAAAAACCCUUUCGUUGGAAGAACAAAUUUAACAAUGUGUUUUGAAGAUGACGCUGUCUAUCCAUAUUCAGAAGUUUUUCACUUGGUUGGAAAGUCAAUUGUUUCAUUAAUUAAUACAAAUUACAAGACUAAUCUUGCAUAUGCAUAUAGAACCUAUAACUUGGCUGCUUUGGGCUUCUUUGAAACUAUGGCAAAAGCUGUAAAUAAUGGUGAGUGUGAUGUUGUGACAUCAAAUGUUGCUCAAAACGAAGCAAGAGAGCAAAAAGCACACUUUCAAUGUAAUUAUGGAUACUCUUCUCCUGCGUAUAUGAGAUCUAAUUUGGACCCAAGUAUUUCAACACCAACUGCUCCACAAUUGAAUAGAACUGAUGUUAAAAUUGGAUUUUUGAAAGGAACCAUUUAUCAAAAUACAGUUCAAACUCAAUUUUCUGGAGCUCAACUCGUUCCUUUUGGUGACUAUACCAGCUUGUAUGCAGCUGUUUCUACAAAUGUCACAGUUCAUGCCAUUGUUGGUGAUACCAUUGAGUUUAAGCAAUUCCUUAAACUCAACACAACUGGUUGCACUAAUUGCACCGUUAGACUCUUCUCUGAUCCAUACCUCUUUGGAACCAUCACUACAAGGAAUAUUGGCAGAGUUUCUCUAGGCAUUUCACUUUUCCAAGGUUUUGGCACUCUCAUUCUUUCAAUUUUGCUUUCAUUGAUUUAUUUAAUGUAA